UCUCCCCAUCAGCCUGCCUUCAUUGUUCAUUUUUCUCACCUGUUCUCUCUGCCUGGCUCUACCUCUGUGGCUCCAUCCACGGUCUAUCGGCUCCAGGAUUCUCUGUGAAGAGAUAACGAGAGGAGCGACAAGAUGACGGACGCCCAGAUGGCCGAUUUUGGGGCGGCAGCCCCGUACCUCCGCAAGUCGGAGAAGGAGCGUCUAGAGGCCCAGACCCGGCCCUUUGACAUCCGCACUGAGUGCUUCGUGCCCGAUGACAAGGAGGAGUUCGUCAAGGCCAAGAUCCUGUCCAAGGAGGGAGGCAAGGUCACUGCCGAGACGGAGACAGGCAAGACGGUGACCGUGAAGGAGGACCAGGUGUUGCAGCAGAACCCGCCCAAGUUCGACAAGAUCGAGGACAUGGCCAUGCUGACCUUCCUGCAUGAGCCAGCAGUGCUUUUCAACCUCAAGGAGCGCUACGCGGCCUGGAUGAUCUAUACCUACUCCGGCCUCUUCUGCGUCACCGUCAACCCCUACAAGUGGCUGCCGGUGUACAACGCUGAGGUGGUGGCUGCCUACCGGGGCAAGAAGAGGAGUGAGGCACCGCCCCACAUCUUCUCCAUCUCUGACAACGCCUACCAAUACAUGCUGACAGAUCGGGAGAACCAGUCCAUCCUCAUCACUGGAGAAUCCGGGGCAGGGAAGACUGUGAACACAAAACGUGUCAUCCAGUACUUUGCCAGCAUUGCAGCCAUAGGUGACCGUGGCAAGAAGGACAAUGUCAACACAAACAAGGGCACCCUGGAGGACCAGAUCAUCCAGGCCAACCCUGCCCUGGAGGCCUUCGGCAACGCCAAGACCGUCCGGAAUGACAACUCCUCCCGUUUCGGGAAAUUCAUCAGGAUCCACUUUGGAGCCACUGGAAAGUUGGCUUCUGCAGACAUAGAGACCUACCUCCUGGAGAAGUCCCGGGUGAUCUUCCAGCUGAAGGCUGAGAGGAAUUACCACAUCUUCUACCAGAUCCUGUCCAACAAGAAGCCAGAGCUGCUGGACAUGCUACUGGUCACCAACAAUCCCUACGACUACGCCUAUGUGUCCCAGGGGGAGGUGUCCGUGGCCUCCAUCGACGACUCCGAGGAGCUCAUGGCCACAGAUAACGCCUUCGACGUGCUGGGCUUCACUUCUGAGGAGAAAGCCGGCAUGUACAAGCUGACGGGCGCCAUCAUGCACUACGGAAACAUGAAGUUCAAGCAGAAGCAGCGCGAGGAGCAGGCGGAGCCUGACGGCACCGAAGAUGCCGACAAGUCUGCCUACCUCAUGGGGCUGAAUUCAGCAGAUCUGCUUAAGGGGCUGUGCCAUCCUCGAGUGAAAGUGGGCAAUGAGUACGUCACCAAGGGGCAGAACGUCCAGCAGGUGUAUUACUCUAUCGGGGCACUGGCCAAGGCAGUGUAUGAGAAGAUGUUCAACUGGAUGGUGACGCGGAUCAACGCCACCCUGGAGACCAAGCAGCCGCGCCAGUACUUCAUAGGGGUCCUGGACAUCGCUGGCUUCGAGAUCUUUGAUUUCAACAGCUUUGAGCAGCUCUGCAUCAACUUCACCAAUGAGAAGCUGCAGCAGUUCUUCAACCACCACAUGUUCGUGCUGGAGCAGGAGGAGUACAAGAAGGAGGGCAUCGAGUGGGAGUUCAUCGACUUCGGCAUGGACCUGCAGGCCUGCAUCGACCUCAUCGAGAAGCCCAUGGGCAUCAUGUCCAUCCUGGAGGAGGAGUGCAUGUUCCCCAAGGCCACCGACAUGACCUUCAAGGCCAAGCUGUUCGACAACCACCUGGGCAAGUCCGCCAACUUCCAGAAGCCACGUAACGUCAAGGGCAAGCCGGAAGCCCACUUCUCCCUGAUCCACUACGCCGGCACCGUGGACUACAACAUCCUGGGCUGGCUGGAGAAGAACAAGGACCCACUCAACGAGACGGUGGUGGACUUGUACAAGAAGUCCUCCCUCAAGCUCAUGGCCACACUCUUUUCCACCUACGCCUCCGCUGAUUCCGGAGAUAGCAGUAAAAGCAAAGGAGGCAAGAAAAAGGGCUCAUCAUUUCAGACUGUGUCGGCCCUCCACCGGGAGAAUCUGAACAAGCUGAUGACCAACCUGAGGACCACCCACCCUCACUUUGUGCGCUGCAUCAUCCCCAAUGAGCGGAAGGCUCCCGGGGUGAUGGAUAACCCCCUGGUCAUGCACCAGCUGCGCUGCAACGGCGUGCUGGAGGGCAUCCGCAUCUGCAGGAAGGGCUUCCCCAACCGCAUCCUCUACGGGGACUUCCGGCAGCGGUAUCGCAUCCUGAACCCAGCGGCCAUCCCUGAGGGUCAGUUCAUUGACAGCAGGAAAGGGACAGAGAAACUGCUGGGCUCCCUGGACAUUGACCACAACCAGUACAAGUUUGGCCACACCAAGGUGUUCUUCAAGGCAGGGCUGCUGGGGCUGCUGGAGGAGAUGCGAGACGAGAGGCUGAGCCGCAUCCUCACCCGCAUCCAGGCACAAGCCCGGGGUCUGCUCAUGCGCAUUGAAUUCAAGAAGAUCCUGGAGCGCAGGGAUGCUCUGCUGGUAAUCCAGUGGAACAUUCGGGCCUUCAUGGGGGUCAAGAAUUGGCCAUGGAUGAAGCUCUACUUCAAGAUAAAGCCACUGCUGAAGAGUGCAGAGACCGAAAAGGAGAUGGCCACCAUGAAGGAGGAGUUUGGGCGCAUCAAAGAGUCACUGGAGAAGUCUGAGGCUCGCCGCAAGGAGCUGGAGGAGAAAAUGGUGUCCCUGCUGCAGGAGAAGAAUGACCUGCAGCUCCAAGUCCAGGCGGAACAAGACAACCUCAAUGAUGCAGAGGAGCGUUGUGACCAGCUGAUCAAAAACAAGAUCCAGCUGGAGGCCAAGGUGAAAGAGAUGAAUGAGAGGCUAGAGGAUGAGGAGGAGAUGAAUGCUGAGCUCACUGCCAAGAAGCGCAAGCUGGAAGAUGAGUGCUCUGAGCUCAAGAAGGACAUUGAUGACCUGGAGCUGACACUGGCCAAGGUGGAGAAGGAGAAGCAUGCAACAGAGAACAAGGUGAAGAACCUGACAGAGGAGAUGGCUGGGCUGGACGAGAUCAUUGCCAAGCUGACCAAGGAGAAGAAAGCUCUGCAAGAGGCCCACCAGCAGGCCCUGGAUGACCUUCAGGCCGAGGAGGACAAGGUCAACACCCUGACCAAGGCCAAGGUCAAGCUGGAACAGCAAGUGGACGAUCUGGAGGGAGGCAGCCACCGCAGAGGAGGAAAGGUGUGGGGACCCAAGAGCCCCUUCCUUUCAGAUGAAGCUCCUGGAGAGACCAGAUCCCAGCUCCUCUGUCCUUUUGUGCCCGCAGUCCCCACUUCUGUUCCUCAUGGCAGCAGGAGUGAGCCAGAGGCCCGAAUCCGUGUCCAGGCCAGACCCCCGGCCUGCUCCGCGCUGGAACGGCGCGGCUACCACUGCCACCCCUACAGAAGCCACGCCAAGGGAAUGGAGAGAUUCCGUUGA